CCUGCUGAUUAAUUUUUUAAGGCGACAACACUAGGCGGAAUCCAUUUUCUUCGUUGUUGUGACAUUUUUGUAUCGCUGUUCUAAAAAGAUUUUUGUGAAUAAUUAAGAUUCAGCCUUGAAAUUCGAGAAUUUAGUGAUGACUGACUUUAUAAACAUUUACUGUUGAAGACAUAUUUCGUAUGCGAACCGGAAAGAAAUCAACAAUGGGUUGAAUAAGUGAUUGCUAUCGGCAUACAUUCAUUAUCAAUUUUGGUUUCAUGGUUUUUUGUUUUCAUAUUACAUAUAACGAUGGAACUGGAUGUAUCGCCAGCUGCAGACAUGGAAAACAACAUUGAUUAUUCAGACAAUUCAUCGGAUAGUAAAUACGUACCUUGUAACAAUAAUGAACAAUCGUACUCUGUCAUUCGAAUUCCAGAAGAUGAAGGAAAAUCAAGUAAACACUCUAGGAAACAAUCGAAAAGACGAAAAAAGAGUUCGAACCACACUAGACCUCUUCCGAGGAUAAUUGUGAAGCCGCUACCUCCGCCACCACCCCCAGAAACUCGGGAGUGGACAGCAGCGACAUCAUGCUCGGAGACAACUUCUAUACCGUCUACCAUGCGGGAGGUGUUAGCCAGUAUUCCAGGAUUUUGUCUGAAACCUAGAAAAAGAAGUGGAAAGAAGCUAUCUACUGCAGCUCAACUUCAACAAACUAGAGAAGGGUGUAUUGAUUUAGAAACACCUGAUUCAAUUUUAGUUAAUACAAAUAUUAGAGCUUUAUUAAAUAAACACACCUUUUCACUUCUUCCACCUUUGUAUCAGUACAAACUUGGACAGUUAUUGCCAAAUGUGGAUAGAUUGAGUCCAUCCGGACGAUUAAACUCAUCUAGUCUUAACAAUGAAUUCUUUGCUAGAGCUUGUUUGGAGUGGCAGGACUGCCUCUCGGGCGGAGAAUUCACUCCUGAAAAUCAACAAAAAAUGAAGACUGAAGCUGAAAAAGAGAAAAGUAAAAUUGACCCAUGGAAAUUAAAACACUUUGAACCAAUUUGGGGAGAGAAGUCACGAAGAGAUAAAUCCUCAAUAAAUCUUAACUCUGAAAGGCCAUCUUUGAAAACAACUAUAAAGUUAAGACCUACAGCAUCUAUUACAAGUAGCAGUACAGUACCAAAAAUUAAGAAAAGCAAAUCAUCCAGCAAUAGCAAAAGAAUGCGGUCUGUUGGUGCUGUCACAAGAUCUUCUUCCAAAGCUGAUGAGGUGCCAGAUGAGGCAAUGGCUAAUAAGUCAUCAGCUCCAUUGCCAGACUUGCUGCCUAUCAAACAUGUCAAAAGUCAAGGGUAUGUAGAUUGCCAGGUGGACUUUAGUUUUUCAGACUCAUCAUCAACUCAGAGAAUGGAUGAUUCAGUUUCAUCAACACCAGUUGAUCCUCUCUUGUUGCCUGAUGGAGAAUCAGACAGGAAUGAUGUGAAACAAGAGCUCGAUUUAAGUGUGGUAACCAUUGAGGAAUCUAGUAUUUCAAAAGACUGUGAAGAGGACAAAGCAACAGAUUCUGAUAGCAAUUUCCCUGAAAGUUCCAAAAGAAUGAGUGAUGACAAUGAUGAUUAUGUUGCUUGUGCUAAGAGAAUAAGGUAUGAAGAUGAAUAUGAGUUAGACAAUGCAAGAUUUGUACCGCACAAUGUUGUUGUUGAAACAGGUGGUCCUGAAAGUAAUUGCUCAGAUGUUGAAGUUAAUUAUGCAAAUGGACAUCUCCAGUCCAAUGAUGAACUGCACUUAUAUCCUGGCCAAGAUUCUGGGGAUACAAACAGUGAAGACAGUAAAGCCUAUGAUUAUGAUGAACAGAGUGUUUCUUCUAUGUCUAGUUUAAAGAUUGAGGCCAAUGUGAAUAUAGCGACAACUUCAGAAACACAAGGUCAUGAAAAAUUAGAGAACAUGGAUAUUGCCAAAGAUGAAAUUAAAAGUUCUCCUGUCAAUGUACAUCAGGAAGAGUUUACAGAGUCUAAGGAAAUUGUAGAAACAAAAUCAACAACAAAAGAUUCUAAUGUUUUAGAACAGUUCAAAAAGCCACUUGAUGAUAAUGUGACCUGUGAGAUAAUUGAAAUAGUUCCAGAAAGUCCUCAAGUUUCACAAACUGCAAGCCAUGCAGAAGACAAAAAUGAAGGUGUGAUUUCUGAGAAACCUGAUGAGAUUAACAGGCCAUGUGAAAAUAUUGAAAAUUAUUAUGAUGAGCAUUUUAAAGAUGCUGAAUCUUUUAUUUUAGAAACAGGUGGCCUGUCUAUUCUACCUACACAAGGAGAAGAUAUUAAGUAUACACCACAUCCAAAUUUGAUGGAACUAUCAUCAUAUAUGAGUGAAACUAAUGUAACUGCAGUAGUAACAAUGCCAAUGACGCAAAACUCCUCAAUCCCUAUGAUGGAGGUUACUAACACAUCAAUAGUCUCUUAUCCUGACGACCAGAUGCAGGACCCAGCAAAACCUAAGAACUCAUCAGUGCCAUGGAAAAAUGAAAAUGAUUGGUCCAACAAUGAAAAUAUAAUGUCCUUACAUACAUUUUCAAAUGCUAAUUCGGACAGCACUAAGUAUGUGAGUGAAGACUCGAAAACUAGUAUGGACGAUGUAAAUAUGAAUGACGAAAAUUGUAUGUACAAGGAAGACAGGGAUGCUAAUUUCAACAUGGAAUCAUCAAACUCGUCUGAAAGUUGCCAGUCCAUGAAAGAUGCUUCAAUAAAAUUAGAAAUUGAUACACCUACAAGUUUGGUAUCAACUUCUAGUGUAAGCAACCCUCCCGUAAACUCUACUACUAUGGCAUUAAGUGCAAGGCAGACAGGGAAGAAAUCUAAGUCUGGAAAAGAAUCUUCUAGGAGCCGAAGCUCAAACAAGGUUCCCCCCGGCGCGGUGAACCUCGAGCGCAGCUAUCAGAUCUGCCAGGCGGUGAUCCAGAACAGCCCGAACCGGGACGCGCUGCGCGGGCAGCUGCGGCCGCCGCCCGCGCUGCUGACGCGGCCGCGGGGCAGCCGCGCGCCCGCGCCCGCGCCGCCCGUGCUGCUGCGGCAGCUGCCAGUGUCGGUCGUGCCUCACAACGAGAUUAAUGAAAAUAGAUCAAACAACGUUGGUCAGUAUAUACUAGUGCAAAGAACGCCGAAUGUAGCGCCACGGGCAUCAAGUGCGCCUCCUUCAAACCAAAAUUCUAAUGUAAGUGUAGCCAGAUGUCGCAGCGUGGGCGCCGACGACGCCUGCGUGUGCAACCUGCGCGCCAUGAUCCUGUGCAAGAAGUGCGGCGCCUUCUGCCACGACGACUGCAUCGGCUCGGCCGAGCUGUGUCUCACGUGCCUCAUACGCUGACACCUCGCCGGUCUCCGCGAGCGACGCCUCACUCUGUGGGUAUACGUAGUAACGUAGUAGUGUACUCAAUACACAAGUAAUGAGCUCAAAAUGUACGCGAUAUCCAAAAUUGUUGAUACUGCUUGCUAAUACAUAAUCUGACAUCUUGCCUGUCACCGCGAACAACGCCUCACUUUGUGGGUAUCAAAUUUGGUACUGCUUUCUUGUACGAGGUUAAUUUUUAAUAAGUAUAUUCAGGAUGGGUUCAGUCAGUAAAGAGAAUCCGAUAAAAGCAUUCUUCGCAAUAAGGUGUCAAAAGUUUUUCCCCUUAUUUUAUCAUGAUUUCGACCUUGGUUUCUAUCGAAAUUAGAGUCACAAAUUAGAUCAUAGAGGUUAUAGCUUGUCUGUUCAUGGAAAUCCGUGGUCAAAAUGUGACUACCCUUGAGCCUAUAUGUUAGGUUUAACGAAUAUACAUACGCGGCAAUUUUGUAUUCAUAGAAGCGAGUGUAUGGGUAACGUAUUCUCGUCAGUUUUCACAGUGGCAAUAUCAGUGUUUUUGUGGAUUGAUUCUGGACUGUUCGGACAAUGGGUUGAUAGAAAUGGUGGUGCUAUCUGUAUGAAUAACUCGGGAAAAGAACGCGUGUAUAUCUUAUCAUAUGUCUGUAGAAGGCUUUAGAACAUAAAGCGAUAUUAAAGGGGUAUUUAUAAGAUAAUAUUUAAGUAUAGUAUUGUAAAUAUAAGUUAUGAGACGUGAUGCGACUUAAUUUAGCGUUUGUGUUGAAACUAUUUGAUUUAGUUGCUUGAACAACAGGGGAAGUAUUCAAACGAGAUUGAAUAAACAUAUUUAUUGCUCUGGGCAGAUUUUUUUUCACUGUCAUUUUUCUAUAAAAAUGUCUCUAAUCAGCUAUUUCGACAGUAUGUACUUUAAAUUUCAUGUAUUAAUGCUAUCUAGUCUGGAAAUAAUUCUGGCAAUACUUAAUAUUCCAUAGUUAAAUAUUACGAACCAGUUUCUCAAUUAUAUUUUACUUUAAAAUAUGUGUUUUACACUGUGUUCAUUGGUUUAGAUAAACAGAAAUUUAAAAGACUUCUAUUCUAAUUGUAUUCACAACGUCAAGCUCAUUUUUUCUGCUUAGCUGACAGUUAAUUUGCAGAUUAGCGGUUAUACGAAAUUUAAAUUGCAUUUUAAAAUGGGUUGUAGUCAAAGUUCUUUUUUCUUAUAUUGAAAUGCCUACCUAAAAUUUGUUUACUCUGAUUAUAUACAAAUUAAACAUGAAAAUUACGACGAUGUGAAGAUUAUUAUCAUAAUUUGUUAUGGGAAUCUAGGCUGAUUUCUUGAGCUUUGACUACAAUAUAAUUUAAGAUAACUGUGAUUAUUUAUUGUUCCACUAUUUCACGUAAAUUGAAACAAUUCAUAUCUUACCUAAUUUUAGUACUUCUAUAUUAUGGCAAAUAAUUUUUAUGUUUUGUUACUAUUAAGAGUAAGUACAUGCAAGUAAGUUUAAGUAUUUUGAAUAAAUCGAAUUGCCAUCAUAUUUUCAUCACAUUAAAAUUAAUUCUAAUGUUAUAUUUUUUUAUAAUUUUGUAAGUAUUUUUAUGCACUUAAGAGUCUAGGUGAUAUAUCCUAGUUUGUUAACAAUUUAAAUGAUAAUGCGCUAACUUUGCUAGAUUUUAGCAUCCAUCAUCUCAUGUUUAAUUACGAUUGUUCUAACUAUUUAAUAUUUGUUUACACAGUGAAAGUUCGCACUGCACCCUUCUAACAAUGUUUGAAAGACCGCUUGCCCAUGCUGUCAACAGAUUAUAGUUAAUAAUAAUUUUACAUAAAACAAUAUUAAUUUCAUAAUGUUGACUCAUAUAUUAUUCACUUAUUUUGGAGUGCUUGUCACUACAUUUUCCCAUCUAUUUAUAUUUAAGAAUUAGCAUAUGUAUGUACAGAUAUUUAUUUAUACGAGAAGGCUGAAGGAUGAAACAUCUGGUGGGAAGUAAUUUAUUAGUAAUUCAAGACACUUGAUAGAUCGUAGUAUAGAUAAACACUUGUUAUAACUAAGUUUUCAUUAUGGCGUGUACACUAAUACGACACUAAGUUAUGCAAUAUACAUAUUUAUAGUUGUCUAUAAUAUUUUUGUAAGAACCUUUUACAAAAUGAGAAAAAGCUUUUGCUAAUUAUAAGUCACCAUUGUAAUAUUGGAAUUCCAAACGAUAUAAUCUCUUCUGAUCUCUCAUUUUACGUAAAUCUGUAUCGCAUAAGGUCCUCCUAGCUCAUAUUGUAAGUAGUUUAUUAUGUUACAAUAAAUUAUAACGAAGAUAACUGAUUAUCAAAAAAUAACCUACAUAUAUACAGGGCGUUACUGUUGAAAUUACAAGUUAGAAAUCGUGUGGCCGUUGUCUGAUUAUUGUCUAGACUUAGUAUAAUAAUUUUCUAGAUGACUGAUGUUUACUUGGACAGUGACGGCACGAUAUCUUUUAAAUAUUUUGCCAAUAGAGAUUAGCCCCACCUCCAUAUGUCUACUACGCCCAUCGCCUAGUUUACAUAGUAUUGCCUUACACGAUUGUUUACAGAAACUGUAAUUAUAAUUACACAUAGAAUAGGGUUUUAAAGUUAAUAACACAAGUUGCUCACUCUAUUUGAAUGACAAAUAUACAUCUAUAGAUAUAUGUAAGUAUAAUAUCACAAUUAUAAAUACUUGUUAUAGAGUAUUGUAGAUACUCGUGGCUGAAUAAAAAUAUUAGAUUAUUUACAUUAUUUCAAGAUAAGACCUGGUGUAAUUUACAAAUCCGGGUUUAUUUUACUAUAUAUCCAUUGCCUUUCAAUAUGUUUUAAAUUCAUUAUAAUUACCUGUAUUAAAAUAAAUAUGUAUAAAUGGAUAUAUGAAAAACCUCAUGACAGCAAUGUGUUGAAUAGAUAAAGGUAUGUUUGAAGGGCUAGUAGGAUGCUUAAAAAUAUAUAUUUUAUUAAUGAUAAUAACUAAGAUUCAGUCCCUUGAUUAAACAAAACAAAUCCAUUGGCCAUUGAAGCACACCUUCGUUUCAUUACAGUGGGGCUAUUCACGAAGUUCGAUAAGGCUUUGAGGCAAAGUCUCAUCAAGACUCCGUUAGAACUCUGAGAGAGAUAAAAUUCCAUUAACAAAAUUUGUGAAUGGCCAACAGGUCUUAUUUUAAAUAUAAACUGUAAAGUAGCUAUUCAGAGUGCAGAGUAAGAUUUCUAUUGACUAUAGAAAUCUACCUAGUAUAAGAUUUUCUUGCUCUUCAGAGCCCCUUCACAUUGGAGUUCUUUCAACAUAAGCGGAUGAAUUUGUAGCGCAAACGACGCGGCAACACAAUGCACGUGUAAAGUCAACCGCACAUAAAGUUACCAUGCGUGAAACUCUAUGACGCGUUAAUAGAGACGAACUUGCAGUAGAUGUGAGUAGGUUGAUGUAGAUACCUUUGACUGUACCAGCCAUUGAUCAAUCAAAGUUUUUAAUUCUAUUUAAUAUGACCUGUGUAAAUACAAUGAUCCAUCACAAUGUUCCAUCUCUUUUCAAAUCUGAGGUAAACCAAGAAGUUAGAGAGAGAGGGGGAAGAUGAUGAGAUGAGAAGAUGCCUUGUUCUUUAAUUAUGUUAAAGUUUGUGAAUAAGCCUCCUGCAAAUUGUAGAGUAAAUAAACGGUUUCGUGACGUCUUUACUGAAAAAAACAAGUGUGAAGGGAACUGUAUACCUACGUACGUACCAAUAUGCAAUAAUGAAAAAAAAAAUAGUGAAUUUCAAUUCCAAAUUUAUUUGUUAUAUUAUAUAUGUAUUUACCAACGAUUUCAUAGACUGCUCUUUUUAUUUAAAAUUUAUAAAACAACGUUUUUGCGAAAUAUUAUGUCCAAACAGAUUAUUCGCUAAUUGUUAUUUAUUGGUAAUUAGUUAUUUUAGGCACGUGAACAUUUUUCUCUAAUAAAAUUAUGUUCUUCUUA